AUGGGUCAUGUUAGUAUGGGUGAGGCCAUCUUUUCGGCUGUCAAACCGAUCUUCAAGAUCUAUUUGAUUAUUGGUGUGGGGUUUUUAUUAGCUAGAGUAAACAUUCUUACUGCGGCCGCCACGAAAUCUAUUUCGGAUAUCGUUCUAGUGGUCUUGUUGCCAUGUCUUUCUUUCAAUAAGAUCGUAACGAGUAUAGAAGACGACGAUAUCAAAUACGUAGGUAUAUGUUGUUUAUCUUCAGUGAUCAUCUUCGCUACAGGUUGUUUCUUCGCUUGGGUAGUAAGAAGAUUCUUCCCAGUACCUAAAAAAUGGUAUGGUGGGAUAUUAGCUGGUGGGAUGUUCCCUAAUAUUAGUGAUUUACCAAUUGCUUAUUUACAAACCAUGGAUCAAGGGACCAUUUUUACCGAAGAACAAGGUGAAAAAGGUGUUUCUUAUGUGAUUAUCUUCUUGGCCAUGUUUUUGAUUUGUGUGUUCAACUUAGGUGGGUUCCGUUUAAUUGAAAUGGAUUUCGAAUACCAAGAUGAAGAAUCUGCCGUCAGAUCAGAUGAAUCUUCACCUGAACCGAUCCAAUAUUCAGAGUCAGACACAGAUGAAUCAACUUUGCAAUCAAAUACUGAUCAACCUUUAGUAUCUAAAUUGGGGAGUAUCCAUUCCAUGGCCACCACUUCAAUUUUACACCCUGUCAGUGUUCAUACUACUAAUGAUAAUGUGGAGGUUUCUAAAAAUAUGAUGCAAUCACCAAGAUCAUCCUAUAGUAAUGAAUCAAUAGAUUCUCAACAAAUUUCCCAUCUAUCUACUUUAUCAUCCACUCCAAGAGAUGCUAAUCUGUUAAUGAAUAAUACAGUCAAUCAAUAUGAAACCUCUGAAGAAAAAGUCAUUGCAAAACCAAACGUAACUGAUGAUAAUACAAAACCAAAUAAAGAAGAUUUAUUUAAAUCAAAGACUCAACCAAAUUCUUCUUUCAAACAAUAUUUGAAGCCAUUCUCUUCUGCUACUUCAGGAACUGUGAAGAAAGUAGUUUCUGCAUACUCUACUGGUUCUAUAUAUAACAAGUACCAUCCACAUGAUCAUUUAGAUCCUCUACACAGGUCUGCAACCAGUAAAUCUUCCCAUAGGAGACCACUAUCGAGAUCUCGUUCUCAUGGUCGUCAUCAUCAUCAUCGUCCUGUGGCUCAGGCUCAUGAAUUGGUUCAAAUCUAUUCCCAUGUCAAUCAAUACGGUGAAGAGAUCACACCAUUGUAUUCACAGCCUUUAUUACCCACUGAUUCUACUUCAGAUUCAGAUUCUUGUUCUUCUGGCUCUGAAUCCGAUUCCAAUUUAGAUUUCCAUUCUCGUCAUACUACCUCUACAACAUCUCAUAAUUCAUUAUCAAGGCAUAGUACAAACGCCACUAGUAAAAGAGUAGAUUCGGGUAUAGUUUCCACUCAUGGAACAACUUCUCCUGUGCAGAAAUAUAGAAGAAAUGAAUUGACAAGAAUUAUCACUUCAGAUGCUACAGUUUCUAAAAAAGAUAUAGAAGCUUCAGGUAAUAGUUCCUUACCUGGAAUGCUUAAAAAAAUUAACCUCAUGAAGAUGAUCAUUUUCUUUUUGAAGAAUUGUUUACGUCCUGUCUCCUUGGCAGUCAUUCUCGGUUUAAUUAUUUGUUUUAUUCCUUGGGUUAAAGGUAUCUUUGUUAAAGCAGGUGCUCCACAUGUUCAUGAAGCUCCUGAUGGACAACCUGUUCUUUCAUUCAUAAUGGAUUUCACUUCUUAUGUCGGAGCAGCUUCAGUUCCAUUCGGUCUAUUACUAUUGGGUGCAACUUUAGGUAGAUUAAAGAUUACAAAAUUAUAUCCGGGUUUUUGGAAAUCAGCUGUAAUUUUAGUUGUAUUAAGACAAUGUGUGAUGCCAAUCUUUGGUGUUCUUUGGUGUGAUAGAUUGGUAAAAGCUGGUUGGGUCAAUUGGGAAAAGGAUGGGAUGUUAUUAUUCGUCAUUGUUAUCAAUUGGGGGUUACCAACGAUGACAACUUUAAUUUAUUUCACUGCAAGUUAUACUCCAAUAGAUUGUGAGGAUCCAGUCCAAAUGGAAUGUGUCUCUUUCUUUUUAAUGUUGCAAUAUCCUCUUUUAGUCGUCAGUUUACCAUUCUUGGUAACUUAUUUCUUAAAAGUUCAAAUGAACUUAUAA